GUGAUUUUCAACCGACGUGAUCUUCAACCGACGUGAUUUUCUCCAGUGCAUCAUCAAGCAAGAAAAUUGCCAACGAUGCCAGAGAUACCAACUCCACAAGGCGUUUACCAGUAUCAACAACAACAACAACAAGGAAUGCAUCCCAACGCACCGAGUACGUCAUCUGCACAACAAACUACUGCGUCCGAAGUUUCAUCCAUCAGUGUGACCGCGAGGAUUCCUGAUUUUUGGAUCGAGAUACCACGACUUUGGUUCGCACAGUUCGAGUCAAUCAUGGCACCUCAGAAGCAGGGCGACGAAUGCAAGUUCAAUCUUGUCAUCUCAAAAUUAGGACGAGACACAAUUCAACAAGUCGGCGACCUGUUACUCAAUCCACCGUCCGAGCAAAAGUACAACGUAUUGAAACAAAGAUUAUUGUCUAUUUAUGAAGAGUCUGCCGAGCGUCAAUUCCAAAAACUCAUCAGUGAAAUAGAAUUGGGAGACCAGAAACCAUCACAACUCCUCCGAAAGAUGUCAGAAUUAGCACGGAAUGCGAAUGUUGCCGAAUCCACCCUGCAUAGUUUGUGGCUACAACGACUACCAGGCUCAGUCAGGGCGGUCUUAACGGUCAGCCAGGAUCAGAAACUGGAUAAUCUAGCCGCCAUUGCCGAUAAAAUCAUGGAAAACGUAAGAUUGCAUGAAGUGUCUGAAGUAGCAAGCUCAAGCUCUUCAAGUGCGUUUCCAAUAAAUGAGUUAAUGUCACAUAUCAACAAACUGUCUUUGGAGGUCGCUGAACUCAGAAACAGCCGAUUUAAUACACGUGGCCGAGGGCGCGGAUUGAAUUCAAGAUUCCGUGGUCGUUCCCGAUCCAGACAAAGAAGAGAUCAGAAUAGUCCUAACUGGCUGUGUUAUUACCACCACCGAUUCAGAGGUCAAGCACAGAAAUGCGAACAACCCUGCUCCUGGAAGACGAAGUCGGAAAACUCCCAGUAGUGUUGACGGAGGCGGACGUCAGCGCUAUACUACCAUCAAGCCGCCUGUGCGUUACCGAUCGAAAAAGUCGGUAUCGUUUUCUGAUUGAUACGGGGGCUAACAUCUCCGUUAUCCCGAGAACAAGAAGAGCAAUACAAUCGCAUGAAUACAAAUUAUACGCUGCAAACGGGAGCGAAAUAAAAACAUAUGGUGAACGAACUCUUGACCUAGAUCUCGGAUUACGUCGGCCGUAUCGAUGGACGUUUGUCAUCGCUGACGUCAAGCAGCCGAUUAUAGGCGCCGAUUUCCUAGAUAAACAUUACCUACUUGUCGAUAUGCGCCAGAAAAAAUUAAUUGACGGGGUUACGGGAUUAUUAACACCCGCACGUGUGACCACAUCUAGUAUACCUACUAUAAAAACCAUCAACGCUCAAACCCCAUACGCCGACAUCCUAGAACAAUAUC